AACGCUGAGUUACACGUAGGUGACACACCGGGCAGGUUCUGAGUCUUGUUUGACGGGUACUACUACUGGCCACAGGGUAGCAGUUUCCCGUUUAGCGGAUGUCACACGUCCCUAGAUAAUUGGCAGGCGCCCGAACCGGCUUUCCGUGUUUUAUUUCCCGAGAUGUCACGCCCGGGAGGCAGGGGCAACCCUUGGAACCGCUCCGGUGGCGACAGGAAGAAGAGGGUCGAGAACGGCUGGACGGACGGCCCGUCCCGGAGCCCCGCCGUCCCGGAUGCCAUGUCCGCCCAGAACAAGUUCCAAGAGGCUCAUCUCAAAAUGCAGAAAUCCGUGCAGAAAUACAUGCGACAAGAAUACGAGUCCUCUUCGGAGGAAGAGGAACUCGAAUCGGACAACAUCUUAGCUUCAGUACUUAAAAAUUACAACAGCUUCGGUGGCAAGUCUGAGGAUCUUGGGAGGACGCAGAAUGUGUUGGAGAAUUCGUUUCGGUCUGGGUCGGCAGUCUGCCUCAUUUGUAUAGCACUCAUCAAAAGGACAGAUUCUAUAUGGUCGUGCAGAUCUUGCUAUGGAUUUUUCCAUUUAAACUGCAUACAAAGGUGGAGUAAAGACAGUAUUACACAUCAAAAGGUUGCAGAGGAAGAAAUGCCGUCAAAUAAAAGUAAAAGCUACUGCUGGUUUUGCCCAAAAUGUAGGGAAGAAUAUGAUUUGUCAAGCAUUCCAACAAAAUACGAAUGCUUUUGUGGUAAUAGAACUGACCCAGUGUUCCAGCCGUGGUUAGUGCCACAUUCCUGCGGUGAAAUUUGCAAUAAACCACUUCUGCCCGAAUGUGGACAUGCUUGCUUGCUCCUUUGCCAUCCAGGGCCUUGUCCGAAGUGCCCCAAGAUGGUGAGAACAAAAUGCCACUGUGGAAAAAGUGAUUCUAUUCCGAGAAGAUGCUAUGAGAAAGAAUGGGCUUGCGAAAAAGCCUGUGGAAAGGAGUUGGCCUGCAGGAAGCACAAAUGCGAGAGUCGUUGCCAUCCCGGUGCAUGCCCUCCUUGCAACAAAACUUCACUGAUGAAGUGUCAAUGCGGUGACAAGACGGAACGCAUCGCUUGUGCCGAACUGACUUGGAACUGCGAAAAGGUCUGUGGAAAACUGUUGGACUGUGGGGAGCACACGUGUGAAGUCAUCUGCCACAAAGGUGAAUGCGGGCCAUGCCCUCUUUCUCUUCCUAGAUCCUGCCCGUGUGGAAAAGAAGUGACAGUUCUCCCGUGUACGAAAGAAGUCAGCACUUGCGGGGACACGUGCUCUAAGCUCCUCCUCUGUGGGCUUCACCGCUGUUCACAAAGAUGCCACAAAUCAUCUUGCGGGCCUUGUAUGGAAAUAAUACAAAAGCCUUGUCGUUGUGGAUCGCAUUUUAAGGAGGUUCAGUGCGAAAAGGAGUACCUUUGUGAAAAGAAAUGCAAAUUGAAAAAAGACUGCGGGGUUCAUAACUGCAGUAGAAAAUGUUGUGAUGGUCAAUGCCCACCUUGUUAUGCCAUUUGUAAAAAGACACUCAACUGUGGAAAUCACAAAUGUGAAUCGGUAUGUCACAGAGGGCCGUGCUACCCAUGUCAGCAAACUGUACUUUUAACGUGUUCGAACUGUGCUCAUCCGCUGACAACUGUCCCGUGUGGUGUAAAAAAAAGAAAAUUCAAGUGCAAUCAACUUUGCAUUGCGCCUAAAGAUUGUGACCAUGAAAAUAAACACAAUUGUCAUUACGGUCCUUGUCCGCCUUGUAAGCAAGUAUGCAAUAAAUUGAAGCCCUGUGGCCACCGUUGUCCUAAGAUCUGCCAUUCCAAAGUCGUCGUCUGUUCGAUACCGAACUUCAAACCCGCUACACCGUUGGACGUUGCCCCGUUAGAAGUGAAGUCACUGGAAUGCCCAGAGUGCAUUGCCAUUGUCGAAGUACCGUGUCUAGGGGGACACGAGAAACUGCGGCUCCCUUGUUUCAGGGCAGUGGCUCAGUCUUGUGGCAAUCCUUGCAGCAGGUUGCUUCCCUGCAAAAAUCAUGAAUGUUCAUUCCUUUGUCACUCAGUCGUCAACAGCCCAAACGAAAAGGAUGCUGGGGACAAUUGUGAAGUGUGCGAGGAGGAAUGCGUAGCAGAGCGGGUGUGCUCGCAUCCGUGCACGAUUGGAUGCCAUCCUCCUCCGUGUCCGAAUUGCAAAGUUCAGCUCAAGUUGCGGUGCCACUGCAGCCUUAAUUUCGUCUACACAAAGUGCUACGAAUGGUGCAGGCUACCCGAAAGCAAAAAAGACGAAAAACUCUCCUGCGGCGACCAGUGCCCGAAGCUCUAUCCUUGUGGGCACAGGUGCGCCUCCAACUGUCACAAGGGCGAGUGCCCGAAUGCGGACCGAUGUAGAAAAAAAGUCAAAGUCAAUUGCAAAUGUAAGAGGAUCAAGAAAGAUGUCAUUUGCCAUUUGAAAAAUGAAACUGAAAUCAACUGUGAUGAGACAUGCGAGGCCUUAAAAAAAGAAAAGGAACUCAAAAAGCUCAAAGAAUUAGAAGAAGAAUCCCUUGCAGAGAGGUUGAGGAACCAAAAAGAACUGGAAAUGUAUGAAAAGAGACUUCACGGUGGAAAAAAACAAAGGACUCGAAGAAGGGAUUUUCAGGAUGAUUCAAAACCCAGUUUUAUUUCCCAAUAUAAGUUCUCCAUCUUUGCUUGUUUUUUUCUUAUUGUUUCAUCAGCAGUUUAUUAUUUCCUUAUUAAAUAAAAUCUAGUCACAAAAGUUUUUCUUAAACUAGAUAAGUUUUUUUUUUUUUUGACAAUUGUCUCUGGCUUGGGAAACGAUAAUGUUGGAUUUUAUUUAAUUUAAUUAAUUAUGUUAGCUACAGUGUGUGGUGAUUAG